AUGUCUUUUUACGAUUUGACGAAAGAUUUUGUUUUGAGUGCAAAGGAUCUUUUUAAAUAUCGUGGGAAGCGAAAUAGAACUAUUCCUUCAAGAGGUGGACAGAAAGAUUUUGAACCCGAUGAUUCUUGGCUGCAAAAUAAAGCUUUAGAGAAGUUUAGGGAAGAAAGAUCUUCUGUCCUGUCUGAAGCUCGAGUGGAGAAACUGAGAAAUUUAGUUGAAGGAACUUGGGAUGGUAGUAAGAGGCUAGUCAACGUGAAAAAAACUGGUAAGUUUUGGGCACAUAUGGGCUUUACUGAUAAACGUCGAAAUUGGUUAUACCCAGAGGAGGCUUUGUUUCUUAUGGAAUGUAAUGCUCUAGAAGUUUACCAUUUUGGAGUCCCGCUGAGUAUCCAGGAAGCCUACAAUAUGUUUUUGGGAUCAGAUGUGAGCAUUGACGAGUAUCAAGUAUUUUCUCACCUUCGACGGCUGGGUUUUGUUGUCCUUAGACAUGAGAAUGAGCCCGUCAUUACCCCAUAUGAAAAACAGAUCAACCUUGACAAAUACAUCAACAAGAAAACUCGCAAAGAACGAGUGGUCAAAGCUGGCAAAAGGGGCAAAAAAGGGGAACAACAAAAUGAGAAUGAGAAUGCCGCUGAAAUACCCAAGCUGGUCACUGAAGAUCCAACAAAAACUGUCGUGACAAUUUCAGAUAGCAAGGAUAAAGUUAAUUCUGUUUCUCACAGCGACCUUAUUGUAGACACAUCAGAAAAUAUUUCUCCUGAAAGCUGCUUGAAACCCAGCUACAUGGAAACUGGUGAAACUUCUACUGAAAAUAGCUGUUUGCUCACAGAUGGGAAAAAAAGUACGGAACAGUCUAAUAAUUCUUCACAAGACCUCAGUAGUGAGAACAAUUCCGGGACCAAUCAGAAGAAGCGUCCUUUUUCCCCGGACAAAGAUUCUAGUCUAGAUGCCAAACGAAGCUGUACAGAUGCCACUUGUGUAAACAGUAAUUCAGAAGUGAACACAGAAAGUGCUGCAGAUGCUGAAGCAUUAUUAGAUCCAGAAAGUACUGACAGAUUAUGCAGAGGAGUUUUUGACAAUUCCUGGGAGUCUUGUUUCAUCAAUAAAACCAGCACCCCAGCUUCAGCAGAGUCCCACUGUAUCUCCAUAAAGAGAUCUGACAAAGACAGUCAAGACAAGAGCAAUGGUAGUGAUGCCUCUGUUAAACUGCUGCCUUUGCCAAACAUUGCCAACACAGAUAUGGUAGUACUAGAGCCUCCAGGUGUCCAGCUGCUUCCAGAGGAUGUUUGUGUUGAAAAUGAAGAACUCCAGCAGUAUGAUGUAGAGAGAUACCAUACCAUGAACCCUCCACGUGAAGUCAGCAAACAAGUCCAGAGAGAUGAGGAAGAGGAGAAGAGACUUCAGGGUCUUGAGUUUUCUUUCCCUGAGUGGAUAAACAAAAAACCCAAACUCCCAGUUGCUAACUGGAAAGAAUACAAAGAGAAGCUGGCUGAGAGGAUGAAAGAGCUGUCACAGACUUCUCCUGUUGAUCACUUAUGGAAAGGCAAAGUCACUCCCCUAGUUCAUCCUGGAGAAAACUGGACAUACCAGAGUAUUCUGGACAAACUCAACAUUAUCCAGUCUGCAGACAAUGCUGGACUUUUAACAGACUCUGAUUGUAUGGUUGAUGUGAAAGUUACCUUUGAUGUCCACCUGCCUGACAGUCGAUUCAAGAAGAGCAUGCCAGGAGUUCCCAACCACCGCGUCUCUGUGUGCAAGUGUUCAUCUGACCUUCCAGGAUUGGCAGAACACCAUCAGGCAUGGUCCCGAUUUAAGGACGAGGUGCCUCUGCACUGGGCAGUGGUUGAUUCUGGAGAGAUCGCAUUCUAUGUGUUUGAUGGGAGCCACAGUUGUAAACCCUUUGUUUAG